UUGAUGGACAUCUCGGCGUCACAUUUCCGGAACUCAUGUAAGUUAGCGCUCGGAUUUACGGAAUACUUUUAAAUAGGGACUGGUCCUACAGGGUAAUGUGUCCCCCGUGCUUAAACGUAGAGCUUAGGUAUUUUUGUUAAUUAUUCUAAUACAAGUAUUGCUGUUUUAUGUGUGUGUGACAGUGUUGUGUUAUAUCUGAAAGAUAUGAAUGGGUGGAUCGAUAGCUAUAUUUCCAGUUAGACAACGUAGCUAGAUACAAAAAAGAAGACGUAGAAACGUAAAUUACAUGUCAGAGUCGAAGCUAUAGUUCAAAAUAACAAACCAAAUCAAUAAUAAGCAUACGGCAUUAAUUUGUAGGCGGUAUGUCUACAUCACCAGGAUGUGGGCCACAUAGCUGUAUAUAGAAAGAGAAUAGAUAUUUGGCAUUUCAAGGCUCCGCACCGUCUUGUUUUCAACUACUGAACCUACUAUUUCAUACAGUAUAAAGAUAAAGUGUUACAACUGGUUUACAAUAUCCCCAUUAGUGGUUUAUAACUCGUACUCUUGUCAGUAUUAUCUAAUAUUACACUUUACAUAGACCUUACACAUAUUUCAUGCAAGAAUGGUUGACGACACACCAGAUGAAGUCCUUGCUGAGCUCAAAACCAGAAACCUUGGUGGCUGGGGUGUCGCUCAGAUAGCUGCUGGCACUGGGCUUGCUGUAUAUGCUAUGUGGGUGGGAAUCCUCCAACCAGGUUUCCGAAAGGUUCCUUUGAGGCUACAGGUCCCCUACAUUCCUGCCAGCAAAGGUCAAGUAGAUAAUGUAAUGAUAUUACUGAGAGGUCGAAAAGGAGGCCUUGUGGAUUUGGGAUCUGGAGAUGGCCGCAUUGUCUUGGAAGCUUUUCGGCACGGUUUCACUCCUGCUGUUGGUUUUGAGCUCAACCCCUGGCUUAUUCGCCUGGCUCGCUUCCAUGUGUGGAGAGCAGGCCAUCAUGGAAAAGUGUCAUACCGACGAGAAGAUCUCUGGAAGGUUGACUUGACAGAAUGCAAGAACGUCACAGUCUUUUUGGCUCCUAGUGUUCUUUCAUUAUUGCAGGAGAAGCUCCAGGCUGAGCUUCCUGAUGAUGCCUUAGUGGUAGCUGGACAUUUUCCAUUCCCUGAUUGGAAACCUUGCAGAACUGAGGGCCAGGGUGCAGACAGAGCCUGGGCAUAUAGCAUGCAAGCACAAAGACAACACACCUUGAAAAAUAACAAGUGCACCGUUACAAAUGGUGAUGUUACAUUUAACUAACCAAGGAACAGAGAUACACUUGAAGCUCCAUUAUAUCAUUAACUUGUUGCUUAUAUAUGUCCUUCACUAGAAUGUUAACAUUUUACUUAACCUGACUGUCUGAAUACAUUAGUUAAAAACUAAAUUCUUUUGACUACAGCAGGAUAUUUUUGAUAAACUGUGUAAGGAUAAUAACUUGUUCCUUUUCACUCCAGUGUGGCACUGAAUUGUGAGUGAGUACAAACAGAAUUUUUGCACGAAGUCUCUCUUCUACAGUUUUGAUGGGUGGAUUUUCUUCAUUAUCAGCAAUGUUUGAAACACUUUUUAACCAGAAAUUCCUGAAAAAAAGCAUUUGACACAAUCAAUCAUGAGCUAUUAAUGGAUCAGUUAGCAAAAUAUGGGAUCAGGGGAAUGGUUCUGAAAUGGAUUAGAAGUUACUUGACACAGAGGCGUCAAUUUGUGAA